AUGGGUGAAACAUGGCUUUACUAUAAUGACCCGAAUACGAAAAAACCUUACGCCCAUACAUUGGAAGAGUCAUCUCCAACUUCGAAGAAAUUUAAGUCCCAUGGAAUUCAGACGCAUGAAUUGCGAAUAAUUCUUCAGAGCGUUCCCCAUGAUAAAUGCGGUAGAAGGUGCGGAGGGAAUCAAAAUCUCUACGGAAAGCUAAAGGAUCAAGCCGAUCGGAAGGACAAAGAUCGGAUCAUCCGCGAGUCGAGCUGCCCUGCGUUGGAUGCGAUCCAAUGGAACGAAAUGGUACUGGAGAUCUCCCGCCCAGAGGAGGAAUCCUCAUGGAGAAAGUACACAACGACACAACAGCUACACAAAUAG